CAUCAUCAGUUUGCGGUUGGAUCUGCGCGACGGGCAGCGUUCAGUAUUUAGCGCGAGAGUACGGUUCGGUCGGACCCGGUCCGGUGUGUUGAGUGAGAAGUCGCUACUAGCUCUAAUCAAGCGGUCAGUGCCAGUGCUAUGUACUGUUGCCGUUACGACGGCUCGCGAAAGGAGGAAGGAGAUUGUUUUCUUGCAUUGUUGUGGUAGCACCCGACGUCCAGCUCAAGAGGAGUGCGAUCGUCUACCACUGGCUGGCAACGACAACGACGGCGACGGUUCGGGUUUUAUGUGAGCAGCACCGAAAGUCAGUCUUGACUUUCACUUCCCACUGGAUGGAAGCACAUUCCUCGUCGAGCGUGGGUGCGUUAUCAGUGUUUUAUUAAGUGUUGAGUGUUUUUUUUUGUGAAUCUUGUUUUUGUUGUCUAAUCGCAAUGGCCAAUUUCGAAGCCCUGAACACGAGCCUGACCAAGCAUGGUCAGGAACAGUUGCUGAAGUACUGGGACGAAUUAGACGAGGAUCAGCGACGAUUGUUAACGGAGGACAUUGAGGAGCUGAACCUUGAGGAGGUGAAUGAGUUUUACGAACGUGCCACAUCGUCACUGGAGGAUGGCAAUGCUAAGCUAGACGAUAAAAUGGAACCAGUGUGCGAGGACAAGUUCCUUUCAAUUUCCAGAACGGCUGUGGACCAGCUGCAGAAAUAUUACGAGGAAGGAUUGAGGCAAAUAGCGGAGAGUAAAGUGGGUGUGUUGCUGAUGGCUGGAGGACAAGGAACGCGGCUGGGGUUUGCCUUUCCCAAAGGAAUGUUCAACGUGGGACUUCCUUCGAACAAAUCACUGUUCCGUAUCCAAGGUGAGAGGAUUUUGAAACUGCAGAGGCUUGCGGCCGAGCUGACGGGGAAAAAUGGGCGGAUCACUUGGUACAUUAUGACCAGUGAGCAUACCAUGAUUCCAACGAGGAAAUAUUUCGAGCAAAACAAUUACUUCGGACUAAAGGCGGAAGACAUAAUGAUGUUCGAGCAGGGAAGUCUACCUUGCUAUGACUUCGAGGGGAAGAUUCUGCUGGAUGAGAAGCACCGAGUCGCAAAAGCCCCUGAUGGCAAUGGAGGACUUUAUCGUGCUUUGCGCGAUCGAGGCAUACUGGACGACAUGGAGGGGCGAGGAGUGCUCUAUUUACACGCUCAUAGUGUUGAUAACAUACUGAUAAAGGUCGCCGAUCCCGUCUCCAUUGGUUAUUUUGUCGAACAACAAGCUGAUUGUGGCGCCAAAGUGGUCGAGAAGUCCCAUCCAAAUGAAGCGGUCGGAGUCGUUUGUCAGGUCGACGGCAAAUAUCAAGUGGUUGAAUACAGCGAGAUUACCCAGAAAACCGCCGAGCUUCGGAAAGAGGAUGGCCGACUGGUGUUCAAUGCCGGAAACAUUUGCAACCACUUUUUCACCACCAGCUUCUUGCGUAAAAUUGGUUCCACCUUCGAGAAGGAGCUCAAACUGCACGUGGCGAAGAAGAAAAUCCCAUUCAUCGACCCCACUGGGACACGCUGCACUCCGGAUAAACCCAACGGUAUGAAAAUAGAAAAGUUCGUCUUCGACGUGUUCCAGUUUGCAGAGCAUUUCGUAACGAUCGAAGUCCCGAGGGAUGAGGAAUUCAGCGCUCUGAAGAAUGCGGACAGUGCCGGCAAGGAUUGCGCCAGCACAGCCCGGGCCGACAUCUAUCGGCUACACCGGAAGUACAUCGAAGCGGCCGGUGGAACCGUGGAAGGUACGGAGUGCGAGAUUUCUCCACUUUUGUCCUAUGGUGGGGAAGGUCUGAAAGUGCUAGUUCACGGGAAGACUCUGGUAAGUCCGGUGCAUUUAAUGGCAGAUGAAGAAAAAACAUCGAAUGGCGUCGAAUAAUAAGACUUUGAGUACACUUUUAGAUAGCUUACACUGCAAUACCUAGAGGUACUUUUUACAGCACGUACUUUUUGGCAUCAAACCGAAUAAAAUAUUUUAGCGAGAUAUCAUUAGCCGACCAUUAGUUGGCAAAAUAAGAUUAUUAGUGAUUUCUAUAUUAUGUUAUAACAAUAUUUUAUCUUUUAAAAUUAGAAAAUUACGAAAACGAAGGAGUUGAUUUCAUAUUUGAUUCGAAACGAUCAAAAAUCACUGCUCUAGCAAAUUUAUCCAUGCAUCACGCUGACGCUAGUAUGUAGGACAUGUGUGUUCCGUUUUCAGACCUGACAUCAUCUCACUUUUUAGUGACUUUGUCACUGUUUCUCAAGGCUUUCUGACAAAAAUAACUAAUGUAAAGUCACUAUUUCAAACGGUAGUUAAAAAUUGUUAGAAUUUGUGACCAAACACUUUAUAAGUUUUAAAAUUUGUUCUAUAGCUACAAUUGAAGUCUUUAGUUUGACUUUCCACUUGAAAUCUUGAAAUUUUACACUUGAAUUUGACUGAAAUACUAUAUCGGUCUUUGAACAGUUUUAUUAGCUUUGUGCCUUUAUUUUUAAAGAGGGUUGUAACGUCUAAAUAAACGGAACAUACAUGACUGCGCUAGUUAAUAAUUAUCCAUAAUUAUCCUGUGCAAUGAAACCUUCAACUAAGUGCAAACGAGAGCGAGCAAGCUUAUGUCCGAAACUAAGUUUUACCGGCGAAUCUAUCUUAGAAGCCAAGUCAGCAACGAGAUGUAAAAAAGCAAGAAAAAAAGAGACCAUUCCUUUUGUGUUAGCUAGAUAGGUAGGUGUUACCGAAUCGGGCACGAGCGCACAUUAUCCGAAACGAGAGAAGGGCGAUGUCCAAAUCGAAAUCUAAAAUAUUGAAAAUGUUGCGCUGCAAGUUUUCCAUUCGCCGGACCGGUUCGAUCGAAAGUGAUCUGCUUCCCGAUGGCCUUGAUGCAAGGCGCGCGCAGCGCAUGGUUUGUGAACGAUGUUGUGAAUGUCGCCCCCUCUCUCGAUUGUUCAGUUAAAAUUGUGCUCCUAGAUCUGGAUAUAAGACGAAUUGUGAGUUUUACUAUAAUAAAUCGAUCUAAUUACGUA